AUGUCGACUUACUUCGCUCUUCGAACCCACCUUGAUCCAUAUUGCGUUCAGACUGUCGAUCAGGCGAGCGUCGAACAUCUUGCUAGCCUCCUUUCCGCCGCUGACCCGCCGAUCCCGCACUAUCUCUGGAUCGAGCAGCCGAACAACGUUCCGACGUGCCUCGCGCUCGCACCCAACCAACGCGAGUCCAAGAUCGUGGAGGCCCUCGACAAGUCCGGGGGGCGACUGUGGAAAGGUUGA